AUUGUUAAUGGUUUAAGUUUUUUGGUUGAUGAUUUUAAAGCUGCUAAUACAUUGGGCAACACUAGUUAUAAGAUAACACAAAAUGAUGAUCGAAAAGUAAGAUUAAAUUGUUCAGUUGUUUGUUGUAGGUACGUGAUUGAAUUUUAAAAAUAUAUAUUUUAACAUGAAUAUUUGUACUUAGUUAGAUAUAAAUGUGGAAAUAUAUUUGCCUCAACGUAUUCAUAUACUAUACACACCAGUAUCCAGCAGUAUCCAGUGAAGCAAGAGAGAAAAUUAUAGAAGCCAUAGCGACUCGUUACAAUCAUAGUACCAAGAGUUUAGAUUUGUCACAAUUCCAUGCUUGUUCAGAUCCAACAAAUGGCGCCUUCAGCAACAGCAAUUAAUAUCCAACCAGAUUCGCAACAGCAGUCUAAUGCCUCAUUUCCAAUGAUCAACACAAUAUCACCUUCAACAACAGCAUUUUAUACACCAUCAAGUCCUGCUUCCUUGCCUGUAAAUCAAUUGUUGACUGUAGUGCCUGUAAAUUUGAUGAGCGAUACUAAUGCAAAUCCCGAUAAGAUGAGUUUGGUUAACAGUUUUUCUAAUGAGUUUGGAAUGAAUAAUGAAUGGUCUGAAAAAUGUUUAGAAGAAAAUGGUUGGAAUUAUACUAAAGCUGCUUCAUGUUUUUCAGACCUAAAGGCUAGUAUUCCACCUAUGGCUUUCAUACUAUAA